CGGGUGGUGCAUGUGAAGAUGUGUGGCCACUUGGGCAGCAAAGAACAGACUGUCAGAUAAACAAAAGAAGAAAAUGGCAAACAUUUGAAUCCCAAAGAGCGCCACUUUCUCUUCGCUACUCGACAAAUCUUCCCUCCUCUUUGUCGUCCGUCCCUUUAUACCUUUUCACAUUCUGCUUCGUAACUCUCAAACCCUAGAAUCCUCUACUUAAACCUUCCUUUGUUUCCCCAUCACUUUCCCUGUUAAUCUGCUCUUUUGUUCCCUCGAUCAGAUCAAUUUUUCAAGAUGGAUUUUACAACAGUUGAAGUCACGAAAGAUUCACCACAUAAUUCUAAUUCUUUUGUGGAAAUCUCAACAGUUUCAGACCACAAUGGAUCUUCUCCUCCUGUAACUCCCAAGUCUGAUACAAUGGAUCAUGAUUCCGACUUUUCUUAUUCCGAGUUAGAUUCGGAAACAGAGGCCUUUUACUCAUCUCUUAACCAUCACCUGGUCUCACCAGGGGCAAUGGAUAGCCAUGACUUAGCUGCUGAAAAACAAAUGAAUUAUGAUGACUUGAUGAAGAAAUAUGUCCAGUGUGAGGAAGAGCUAAGGACUACGAGUUUGAAGCUCCAAGAAUCUGAACAAGAGAUUGAGAAGCUUAAGGGUGAGACCAAGAAGAAAGAAUCUGAUGUUCUGCUUACCGAGAAUCUAUGUGCUGAGCUUGAAACUGCUCAGGGAGAAAUUGAGACUAGGGACAUAGCUAUUGAGGCUGAGAGAAGACGAGUUCUCCAGGUGCAAAGACAGGUGGUUGAUUUGGAAACUGAACUUGAGGUGAGUAGGGACUGUUUAGAUGUGUCAUAUGCUGAGAUCUCCAAGCUAAGGGAAAUGUUGUGUGAUUGUCAGCAAAGUUUUUCUAUUGAGAUAACAAAAUUGCAGACUGAUAUUGCUGGUUUGUUAGAGAACAAGACUUCCUUUAAAGCUCCGGUCAGAGAAAUCGAAUCACACGGUGAGGUAUUGGAAGAUCAGAUUAAGCAUUAUGAGGCAGAGAAAAUGGAGAUGCAGAGAAAAGAGGUUGAGUUGCAAGCUGAAAUCAAUGCAUUGAAGACAGAUUUGGCUACACGUGGUGAGCAUAUUGAAGCAUUAAACAAAGAUUUCGACAAGCACAAGCUGAGGUACGACAUGUUAAUGGCAGAGAAAGAUGGAGUCUAUGCUGAAGUAGACAAUCUAAAAGCAGAGAUGAGAUCAAGAGACAUCCAAAUUCAGCAAAUGGAGGAGCAACUUAACCAACUGGUCUAUAAGCAGACCGAGCUUGUGUCUGAAUCAAGAAAUGCCAAGAACACUGUUGAGCAACUGAAAGCUGUGGUUAAAGAACUGGAGAAUGAAGCAGAGAUGCAGAGUAAGGCUAAGAAAACUGUGGAGGAACUGAGAGCUACGGUGUGGGAACUGGAGAAGCAAGCAGAGUUGCAGAGGAAUGCGAUAUCAGAAGGAGAGGAAGAGAAACGAGAGGCGAUUAGACAGCUUUGUUUCUCUCUGGAUCAUUACAAAAGCGGAUAUAGACAGCUUUUGAGGUUUCUUUCGGGUAAUAACCAGCAACAUCACGCAACCAUCGUCGUGUGAGUUUGGAUUGAAUACUCUUUAUCAUUUGUUUACUCGUUAGUCGUUACAGUCUUAUGUCUCUUUUCUUUGUCUCAUCAUGUUUGAGUCAUUGUGAGUUAUGUUCUGUCUCAGACCUUAAUCUUCAGAUUCUUUAGUAAGAAUUUAUAUGAAAUUCUAGCUCGGAAAUGCUUUUAUAUAU